UAAGGAAAGGAAUUGUUCCGUGGCUAUAUUUGUAGCGACGAGCAAAAUUGAAUCUUUAUGGGUAAUUGGGGAAUUCUAACAUACGAGGAUGAAAGGGUAACACUGAUGAAUCUACGAGGGCAAAAAUAUAGUUUAUGCUUCAAUAGAGCCGAAAUCACGUGCAUUGCACGUGCCCUCCUCUAUUAAGACUCCCAAUCCAAAACUGGCGGGAAUCUCGUGUCACGAUCCCUCCAUUUUCACUCUCUCUCAAAACCCCAAAACCCAAAAGGACACCACCAUGAAACGAAACGCCUCCACCAGAAAACGCCCACCGCCAACGCCACAGCCACCGAACCCAUCACCGGCGGUGAAGCAUCAAGCCAUCACUCCCACCGUCGACGAAGAAUUCCUCGAUGAAGACGUCUUCCUUGACGAAACCCUCAUUGCAGAAGACGAGGAGAAUCUCAAUAAAGAACGUGAAGUCCUUACUUCUCGUCUCUCAAAAUGGGCCCGACCGAAGUUAUCAGAUGGCUACGUGUCGCAAUCGCAGAGUAUCAUAUUUCAGCAACUCGAGAUUGAUUACGUGAUCGGAGAGACACAUAAAGAACUUUUGCCUGAUAGGUCAGGUUCUGCUGCUAUUCUUAGAAUUUUUGGGGUUACUGGAGAAGGACAUAGUGUUUGCUGUCUUGUUCAUGGAUUUGAGCCCUAUUUCUACGUCAGCUGUCCUCCUGGAAUGAACCCAGAUGACAUCUCCCAUUUUCAUCACAUUCUUGAGGGGAAGAUGAAGGAGGUGAAUAGGAACACUAAAGUACCCAAAUUUGUGCGACGAAUUGAAUUGGUGCAUAAAAGGAGCAUCAUGUAUUAUCAGCAGCAGCAAUCUCAUCCCUUUCUUAAGAUUGUAGUUGCAUUGCCAACGAUGGUCUCUGGCUGCCGGGGUAUCCUUGAUAAAGGCAUACAUAUUGAUGGACUCGGUAUGAGGAGCUUCAUGACAUAUGAAAGCAAUGUACUCUUCGCUCUCCGUUUCAUGAUUGAUUGCAAUGUUGUUGGUGGGAAUUGGAUUGAAGUACCUGCUGGAAAAUACAAAAAGACUUCAAAGAGCUUAUCAAAUUGUCAAUUGGAGUUUGAUUGCUUAUAUUCAGAAUUGAUCAGCCAUGCUGCUGAAGGGGAAUUCUCAAAAAUGGCCCCGUUUCGCAUUUUGAGUUUUGAUAUAGAGUGUGCUGGUCGCAAAGGCCAUUUUCCUGAGCCUACGCAUGAUCCUGUUAUUCAGGUGGCAAAUCUAGUAACUUUGCAGGGGGAGGACCAGCCAUUUGUUCGUAAUAUCAUGACCCUGAACUCAUGUUCUCCGAUAGUUGGUGUGGAUGUUAUGUCUUUUGAUACAGAGAGAGAAGUUCUGAUAGCUUGGAAGGAAUUUAUUCGUGAAGUUGAUCCAGAUAUUAUAAUUGGGUAUAAUAUCUGCAAAUUUGAUCUGCCAUAUCUCAUUGAGAGAGCUGCAACCUUGGGAAUAUCAGAAUUUCCUGUCUUGGGCCGCAUCAGGAACAGCAGGGUUCGGAUCAAAGAUGCGACCUUUUCAUCCAGGCAAUAUGGGACAAGGGAAAGUAAAGAAGUUACAGUUGAAGGCAGAGUUCAAUUUGAUUUGCUUCAGGUCAUGCAACGAGAUUAUAAACUAAGUUCUUAUUCAUUAAACUCUGUUUCAGCACACUUUCUCUCUGAGCAGAAAGAGGAUGUUCACCAUUCAAUAAUAUCUGAUCUUCAGAAUGGGAAUGCAGAAACUAGGAGGCGGCUUGCUGUAUAUUGUUUAAAGGAUGCAUAUCUGCCACAGCGACUCUUGGACAAACUGAUGCUCAUUUACAACUAUGUGGAAAUGGCCCGUGUAACUGGUGUCCCUCUCUCUUUUCUUCUUGCCAGGGGACAAAGCAUCAAGGUGCUUUCUCAACUGUUGAGGAAGGCCAAGGAAAAAAACCUAGUUAUUCCAAAUGUCAAGCAGGCGGGAUCUGAACAAGGAAAAUUUGAAGGCGCAACUGUUUUGGAGCCAAAAGCAGGAUUCUAUGAAAAGCCAAUUGCAACACUGGAUUUUGCAUCCCUAUAUCCAUCAAUAAUGAUGGCAUACAAUCUAUGUUACUGCACUCUGGUAACACCUGAAGAUGUUCGCAAACUGAAUCUUCCACCUGAAUGUAUCAAUAAAACUCCAUCUGGUGAAACUUUUGUGAAGUCAAAUUUACAGAAGGGAAUUCUACCUGAAAUUCUUGAAGAACUAUUAACUGCUCGAAAAAGAGCAAAAGCAGAUUUGAAGGAAGCAAAGGAUCCCUUUGAGAAGGCUGUUCUAGAUGGUCGCCAACUGGCAUUGAAGAUUAGUGCAAAUUCUGUUUAUGGGUUUACAGGAGCUACAGUUGCCCAAUUGCCAUGUCUAGAAAUAUCCUCAAGUGUUACAAGCUAUGGUCGACAGAUGAUUGAACACACAAAAAAAAUUGUGGAAGACAAGUUUACUAUACUAGGGGGCUAUGAACACAAUGCAGAGGUUAUUUAUGGUGACACUGAUUCAGUCAUGGUGCAAUUUGGAGUUCCUACUGUAGAAGCAGCGAUGAAGUUGGGCCGUGAAGCUGCUGAGUGUAUUAGUGGAACUUUCAUCAAACCCAUCAAGCUAGAGUUUGAGAAGGUUUAUUAUCCAUAUCUAUUGAUUAGCAAGAAGCGAUAUGCUGGUUUAUUCUGGACAAAUCCAGACAAAUUUGACAAAAUGGAUACUAAAGGCAUUGAAACAGUUCGAAGGGACAACUGUCUAUUGGUAAAAAAUCUGGUAACUGAGUGUCUUCACAAGAUACUAAUAGACAGAGAUGUGCCCGGCGCGGUUCAAUUUGUAAAGAACACAAUUUCAGAUCUUCUCAUGAAUCGCAUGGAUUUGUCACUUCUGGUUAUUACUAAGGGUUUGACAAAGACAGGAGAUGAUUAUGAAGUAAAGACAGCUCAUGUUGAACUUGCUGAACGCAUGCGCAAGAGAGAUGCUGCCACUGCUCCAAAUGUUGGGGAUCGAGUGCCUUAUGUCAUUAUAAAAGGUGCAAAAGGUGCCAAGGCUUUCGAGAAAUCAGAGGAUCCCAUCUAUGUUCUAGAAAAUAACAUACCUAUAGACCCCCAAUACUAUCUGGAAAACCAAAUUAGCAAGCCACUUUUAAGAAUUUUUGAGCCCAUUUUGAAGAAUGCCAGCAAGGAGCUUCUUCACGGAAGUCACACAAGAUCUAUUUCCAUAUCUACUCCUUCAACAGGUGGCAUUAUGAAAUUUGCUAAGAAACAGCUCACUUGCAUUGGCUGCAAAACCCUUCUUAGCAAUUCAGAUCGUACUCUCUGCUCAAACUGCAAAGGGAGAGAAGCAGAGCUGUACUGCAAAUCAGUUUCUCAAGUAUCUGAACUAGAGCAACUUUUUGGGAGGCUGUGGACACAGUGCCAAGAGUGCCAAGGCUCUCUUCACCAGGAUGUUCUUUGCACUAGUCGGGAUUGUCCAAUAUUUUAUCGUAGGAAAAAGGCACAGAAAGAUAUGGCUGAAGCCAAGAGGCAAUUAGAUCGAUGGAGCUUCUAACAUUCUAAGAAGGUUAGUACCUUAUACUCCUAACAAAGUCAAAUAUUGCUAAAAAAUCAUAGAUAUGCCGGGAAUGUUUCUCAAUUUAACGAGGAUAACACAAGAAAAUGAGGAACUUCACUUCACAGAGGUGUUUUCCGAUGUUCAUGGACAAGAUGGCAAUUUGGCAACAUGGUUUUGCACCCGUGGAAACUUUUUGAUGCAGAGUCCCUGGAUAAGCUGUUAUCAGUUUUUCCGUUCACCAUAAAGAACAAGAUCCGAGUAUGACGUGGUUCAAUUUUGCUGGAUACAAGGGAAAGAUGUGAUCGGUGGUUGGGUGUUCGAUCAAGUAUGACAGGCACAACCUUCUAAUCCUGUUUGUAUUAAUUAAUCAGUGAUUUUGUAUACAAGUGGAAGUAGGGCAUGUAUAUUUUUUGUUUGUCUUUAUUUAUAUUAAUUUACUUUAUUUUCUUUCUUCCUCGGAGACAAACACAUGGAUUCAGUGGUGAAAGUAAAUUGUUAAGUGAAAACUACUAACAAAUUAGGGGUGAAAACAAUGCUGAUAAUUGUCUA